CGAAAGUGGAAGUGUGUCUCAGACACUGCUGGAGGCUGAGACCCCAAGCUACCUCUGAGGGUUCAAGUGAAGACUUUAGUCCUUCAGAACUCUCCACUUCCAACCCUGCUCUGAAGCCUCAGCUUCUGUCAGCCAGACGUGAGAACCAUGUCUGUGACCCUGCAAGCUGUCCUCUACAGUCUUCAGGAGGAACAAGCCAGGCUCAAGAUGAGGCUGCAGGAGCUGCAGCAGCUCAAAAGGGACCGUACAGACUCUCCCAGAGACAAGAUCCCAUUCCCGGUGCCUGAAGUCCCUCUAGUAUUCCUAGGCCAAACUAAGCAGGGCAGGCAAGUGCCCAAGUCUCUAGUUUCUAACUUGAAGAUCUGCUGCCCUCUGCCUGGAGGUUCUGCUGUGGUCACCUUUGAUGACCCUAAAGUGGUUGAUCGGUUGCUACAACAAAAGGAACACAGAGUUGACAUGGAGGACUGCCGGCUGCGGGUGCAGAUCCAGCCCUUGGAGCUGCCCGUGGUGACCAACAUUCAGGUGUCCAGCCAGCCAGACAGCCACAGGGUGCUAGUCAGCGGCUUUCCUGCUGGACAUAGGCUGAGUGAAGAGGAACUGCUGGACAAGCUGGAGAUCUUCUUUGGCAAGGCCAAGAACGGAGGUGGGGAUGUAGAGACCCGGGAGAUGCUGCAAGGGACUGUCAUGCUGGGAUUUGCUGAUGUAGAAGUGGCCCAGAACUUAUGCCAGAUUGGCCAGUUCAGAGUCCCACUGGGUCGGCAGCAGGUCCUUCUGAGGGUCUCUCCCUAUGUAAGUGGGGAGAUCCAGAAAGCUGAGAUCAAAUUCCAGCAAGCACCUCAUUCAGUGCUGGUGACAAAUAUUCCUGAUGUCCUGGAUGCCCAGGAGCUGCAUGACAUCCUGGAGAUCCACUUCCAGAAGCCCACCCGUGGGGGCGGGGAGGUGGAGGCCCUGGCAGUUGUGCCUUUGGGGCAGCAGGGCCUGGCUGUGUUCACCUCUGAGUCAAGCUAGGUCUGCAUGUCCACCUGCUGGGGACUGGGACCACUUUCUGUCUAAUGCUACCAAGAACAGUCAAAGUGACAA